AUGGCGGCCCCCGAACUUGAGGCGGUGCGCCUCUACAAGGAGGUCGUCGACCGGCUUCUGGAGCGCGCAGCGCAAGUGAAGCCCAAUUCUCAAAUCGAACCGCCAUUGACCGAGGGAACCCUGGGAGAACCGAUCUGGCAGGUUCCUACCGAAAAGCAGGAAGUUGUGAAGGAACUUAACCCGCAGACCCAGUUUGCUGCCGUUGAGAUUGCCUUUCGCGAGAAGUUCUACCGCAUCCUGGCCUCAACUUCUAUCCAAGACCCUUCUUUUAUUCAUAUCUGGAAUCUACUGGACAUUGUCUCUAUCUUUUCCGACAACGAACAAUGUGAACCCGGCCUGAUAUUUUGGCUGAUUGAGGAGCUCCUGGACAGCCAAACAAUUGAUGGCUGUCGAAAGGUUUUUGAUUACUUGGAGUCGCGCCGCGACCGGAAUAUCAAGAAACAUUUCAAACAGAAGAGCCUCGUCAUCUUGAGAUCUUGUAACGAACUCCUCCGCCGACUAUCCCGCGCUGAAGAUACGGUGUUCUGUGGUCGGGUCUUCAUCUUCCUGUUUCAGAGCUUCCCACUCGGGGACAAGAGCUCUGUCAAUCUGCGGGGCGAAUUCCACACUGAAAAUGUGACGACUUACGACGAUGUCUCUAAGCAAACUGCCAAAAAUGACGAAGACACAAUUAUGGCUGAUGGAAAUGAGGACUCUUCACCUACUGAGGUUCCAACAGACGGUACAACGCAGCCAGAGGUGUCAUCACAAGUUCCAAAGGUGGUGGUCACUACAGACAAGAAGGGCAAGGCAGGGAAAGGAAGCAACAAAAAGGAAAAAGUUGACCUUGACACUCUUUAUCCGGUAUUUUGGAGUCUACAAGCCUAUUUCUCUGCCCCAAGCAAGAUGUUCGAUUCGGAGCGAUUCGCCGACUUCAAAGCCGGUCUUGAUGCCACACUCUCUGCAUUCAAGAACAUCAACACUGAACUUGAGAGCAAGAGCGGCUCACGCUCGUCGGAUGAAGCCCGAAAGACCCACAAGCGCAAGCGUGUCACCGAUGAUGCUGAGAUUGGAACGAGCUUCAACCCCAAGUACCUCACGAGUAGGGAUCUAUUUGAUCUCGAAUUUAGCGACACGGCCUUCAGACGCCACGUUCUGGUACAAGCUCUCAUCCUUAUUGAUUUCAUGUUGUCUCUCACUCCAAACGCCAAGGCUCGCAUGGCCGACGCGACAAACAAGUCUGUCCUGUACGGCUUUGUCUUGAGUGAAGAACAAUCGAAAUGGGCGGCGGAUAUGAGAAGAAGCAUUGAGGGGUACCUCCGUCAGGGCGAUGGUGGGAACUUUUACUUCCGGAUGGUGGAUACGGUGUUGUCUAGAGACAAGAAUUGGGUACGCUGGAAGGCUGAAGGAUGCCCACCGAUCGAGCGGCCAGCAGUGUCUGUGCUCGAUUACAUGCAAGCCCGAGAGCAUGCAACCAAAGCCUACGCCAACAAGCGACUUCGACCUUAUCCAAUGGGAUCUCUGGAUCUGAAGUUCUUGUCCGAUAGCGAGGCGUUGGCUAACAUCGAGCGGCUCAAGCAAUCCGAUCGGGUCGCCGUUCCCUCCGCAGAUUCAUUGAUGAUGGGUAUCAUGGACGACGAGAUGGAUAUCGAUAUGGCUCAGGCCGCAGACGACAAGGAUAGCGCGGAAAAGGCCAAAUCAAGCAAGACUUGGCGCCUCCUCCGCUUGUCAGUAAAGACAAAGCUUGCCAGAUUCGACAAAUUCAAGGAUGGGGAAAACCUCAACGCCCUCUUCGAAAGCCCGGAGGUCCCGACGGGGACCCCUCAACCCACCGAAGGGACUGAAAGGACUAGUCAGCCACCCGAGGAGGGGGCUAAUCGAGACACGACAACAAAACACAUCUCUUUCGGUGGCGAUAGUGCGCAGGACGAAGAGAUCAAAGACAUCCCUGUUGCUCACGAGAGCCAAGACGUCAUCAACGAUCCUCAACAAGAAGAAACCCAACCAGGAGCAAAGCCUGAAGCCGGGUCGCUCGCACAUCCCGAAGAGAAUACGAGCGGCGCGCCGGAGGCAGUGGCUUCUAGCGCGACUUCCGGAGAUAAUCUCAAAGAGGAGCUUGCAUGA